AUGCAUGAUGGCAAAAAAGUUGUUGUAAAGAGCCAACAUGAUGAGCUGGAGGCAAAAAUUUUUGAGGAGAGAGCGGCACUUGAAGCUAAGUACCAGAAGAUGUAUGAUCCAUUGUAUGCAAAGGUAGCUUUUUAUGUUGCUCUGGGCAUUGAGGGAACACCUACAGAGGAUAAAGCUACAGAAGGAGUACCAAAUUUUUGGCUCACUGCAAUGAAAACCAAUGAAGUGGUUGGUGAGGAGGUAAAUGACUCAAAAAAUGAUGUUUCACCAACUCGCGAUGAAGGGGCUCUCAAGUAUCUCAAAGAUAUCAAGUGGUUCAGAAUUAAUGAUCCCAAGGGCUUCAAGCUCAAAUUCUUCUUUGAUCCUAACCCAUACUUCAAGAACACUGUUAUAACAAAGACAUAUCACAUGAUUGGCGAUGAUGAACCUAUUCUUGAGAAGGCCAUAGGGAUGGAGAUUGAAUGGUAUCUUGGAAAGAGCCUGACACAGAAGGUUCUGAAAAAGAAGCCAAAGAAGGAAUCAAAGAAUGCCAAGCCCAUCACAAAAACUAAACAAUGUGAUAGUUUCUUCAACUUCUUCAAUCCACCACAAGUCCCGGAUGAUGAUGAUGAUGAUGAUGAUGAUGAGGUUGAGCAGCUUCAGAAUCAAAUAGAGCAGGAUUAUAAUGUUGGGUCAACUAUUAGGGAUAAAAUCAUUCCCCAUGCAGUUUCAUGGCGGAGAUUAAAUGGCGGCCGUCACCCGUCAGUUAUACUUUCGUUCCAAACUUAUAUCCAGGGCUCUUCAAGGGAUUCGCGCAAAUCGAGUUUGAGGAGUGAAUUCGCAGCACGCAUGUGA